AGUUGUAGAGAAGCGGAGCGGGUCGUAAAUCAUUGGCUAGCGAAGAUUGUUCUACAUCUAAAUUUUAAAAAUUAUCAGUGUAUUUUGACCUGGAAGUUUAUACAAAAUACAGAAUCUCAACUAUUUCAGGGCAUACGAUCUGUAACAUCUUGGUCAGCAAUUAAAAAACACUCUCAGCCACCACACACUCGCAGCCACCAUACACUCAAACCACCACAUAUUCGCAGUCGUUCACGGGUUUUAGUAACAUCACAUUGUUUUCAUUGCCAACAAAUGGAAAUGCUCAGUUUUGAAUUGUCAUAUGUGGAGGUUAAGGGCCUACGUGUUUACACGAACGUAACUUCUGUACAUAUUGAUUGACAUGGCUGAAGAAAAGAAAAAAUGUAAGAAACCGCGCUCUCUCAAUGAAGAUAUUAGGACCCGUGUGCGCUUCAAAAACCGCUGUGAUAGAAUUGCCACGUUGUACUGGUUCAAUUUUAAUGGCAACUUGGUGAGAUAUUCUAUUUUGAAGAAAGGGGAAUAUAUUGACAUGGUCACGUAUGUGACACAUCCUUGGUGUGCUAAAGAAAUAGUUACAAACGAUCGACUGCUGAUCAACAAAGAGCCGGUGUAUUAUCCAACAGAGGAGGAGGGCAUGAUGUACAAACUCGUCUUCAUCGAUAUCCCAGUCUAUUCUUUGCGGGAGAGAUGUAAACAGAUCAUUUGGAAAUCAUUUCCCGACAUCGAUCCAAAGACUCUGGAUAUUCCAAGACUGCUCACUAAGGAACUGGACUCAAAGAAAACCGUGUCCUACACGGACUGCCAGGGUUUUCAGACGUCUCACUAAGGAAAACUGUGUGUUACACAAUCUGCCACGAUUUUCGUCAUGUGUUUCAUAUUUAUGAUUUGAACAUUUUGGGUUAUAUAAUUGUGUUCAAUUCUAAAAAAAAAAAAUGUUUCUGAUUCCCGGAAAUUGCGAACAUUUAUGAUUAUUUUUAUUGAUGUUUGUAUUUAGGUGUUUAGAGACAAACGCAGGAUAUAAUAAUGCUAAAAUGUUUCAAGAACAAAUACUUCGGGAUCGUGCAAUAUUCAUAUAUGUUAACAUGAUUUUAUAUCAAUUCUUGCAGAGUUCUUUUCUGCUCAUGACAGUUACGAAACCUAUUUGUAAAAUUCUUGAAUGAAAGAUAGAGAGAGGGGAAAUAAUAAACAUCAAAAAGGAAGAACACGAAAAGUGAUCAAUCUCAUAACUCCUAUAAUGAAUACAAAGUUAAGAGUAGGGUAAAUACAGACCCCCUGGACAUACCAGAGGUGCACGUGGGUUCAGGUGCCUAGGAGAAGUAAGCAUCUUCUGUCAAACAGUCACACGUGUCAUGAGCCCUAUAUCUUGAUUAGGUAAACGGAGUAAUCCGUAGUCAAAAUCGGUAUGUAAAGAACGACCUACAAUUUGUACAAAACACGCCAGACAGCGUUUGAUCUAAUGACAGAUUGUAAAUGUAAAUUACAUCAUUAUAACGACAAUAGAAUUUGCGAAAUGCUGACAUUGAACGAGACUGUAGAAACCAUGUAACAUCAACUUAUUUGUCAGUAGCUUGCCUUGAUUUAAAAAUAUCAUGCCCUUGCUUAUCAAAUCAGUUGGGAGACAUAAACACAAUGUGCAUAUGAUCAUGUAAUAUUGCUAUAUAAAUAUGGGGAGUUGACGAUAGAUAAACUGAAGUCAUCCUGGUUUUCAUAAUGUUGAGUUCUUUUAAAGUUUGCCGUUAACAUUUGUGUUCAAUAAAAGAUAUAAGUGUGAAUCA